AUGGCGUGGUUAGAACCAUUGUCGUAUCUUUUACAAGCGCAGCCAUUCAACCCUAUCUUGUGGAAUUUGUAUUCAACAUGUAGAUAUUUAAGGCGUUAUAAACCAACCAUCGAUGUUAAAGAAAACAUUGUACUAGACUAUGUAAAAGCUGAGGAUUUUUGGAUGAAGGGCAGUUUUGACACGAUAAAGGAUUUUAUCGCUAUCGAUGAUGAAACUGAUGCGGAAAAGGAAAUCAUAAGUGAUAACGCAGCAGAAAAAACUAAGAAACCAAAAGAGAGAUUGAGAUGGCCGAAUCAUCCGCGUAUGGCCGUUGUAGGUGUUGAUGUUGGAGGUGCGGGUGUGAAACAACUGUAUCGCAUACCCGUUGAAUGGAUUCCACGGCUUUGUGUGCGUAACGGUAUGAUCGUGUUACAACCCUUUAAGUUUUGUUGUCGUGAAGUUUUGCAACGAUCCGUAACAAAAUUGAUACGUUGCCAAUCGUUGACAAUCCCUAGCGGGUUUUUUUUCGACAAACAUUUUUUUCAUGUGGGUUGUGGUUCUUGUGAUGAAGAUAACGCAGAGGUGCAAGUGUUCGCAGCUAUGCAUUUGUACGUCGGUUUAAAAAGUAUCUUGCAACAUCUGAGUACGGGUUUAUACGUCAAUACGCAGGAAAAGUUGUUGGCCGUCGAUUGCAACGAGGAAUCUCUUAAUUAUUAUUUAAAAUCGUGGGAUGAAGAAAAUAUAAUAUAUACUCAAGUAAAAAAGAAAGGUACAUUUAUACGUAAAUAUCUUGCACAUAUUGUUGUGUGUAAAAAAUGUAUUAGAUAUCUUGCUGAUUUUUUAAGUUUAUUAGAUCAGAGUGUAGAAGAGCAUCCCUUUCCACGGUAUAAUGAAUUAGAUUGUGACGGCUAUAAUUUUCUGGGAAUACCCAUUCGCAACUAUAUAUUAGAUGCAGAUUUUGAUAUGUUAUUAGCUAAGGCGUAUUAUGGUGUUAUAGAUGGGGUUGAGAUAGCCGGUUGUGAUUAUGUGGACGCUUUUAUGAACACGUAUGUGAUAAAACAUGGUUAA